CAUUUACACAGUCCCUGUACUGGUCUUUGGUGAUUGUGACUAAACAUGACUUAGACGUAUAGAGAAUGGUGGAGAAUGUACUGCUAGUGCUAAAAUAUUAUUUAACAAGAGUAUUUAUUCCUUUUUAAAAAUUGGCUUUGGAAUUGUUGGGGAGGUUGAUUGUCUUAAAUAUGCUAUUUUCACUUACCCAUAUUUCAUCCAUAUCUCCAACAGCUAUGCUAAGCAGACUCCGAUGACUAAACUUGCUAGAGCUAUUCUGUUGUUACUCUUUUCCCUUACAGGUCACCCUUUUGCCCUCCUCCUUUUCUUGUUUUACACGGUUAAGGGGACUUCAGUAACAUUCGAGGUCACUCUUCCGUGGCUUAGGAAAGGUACCUUGCGUGGGGUAUAAAGCUGGCCACUUAGCUACAUAAAGUACUUGCCAGUUGAAAAGGAUAGGAUUAUUUCAUUACUUUUAACUCCCAAGCUGUCACUAUGAGGAAGAAUAAAAUGGUUGGGAAAUUAAGACUGAGUUUUGUGCACUUGUUUGCAAGGUCGUGUUAUGUAAUUAGUACAUGCGGAAUUAGUUUACAAGUUAUUCUAAUAUUUUUGAAAGCCUUUGGAAUUUCUCAAGCAUGGUCAGAUCACUGCCUUUUCACUCAGUAGUACAGAGCAAAAAUGUUUCAUUAUCUUUUAAACCAGGGUUGCAGUCAUUGUAGAAAUGAAUGCUGCUCUUUUUACUGAUAUAUCUUUAUUAUAUUUGAUUUUAAAAGAAACAUAUAGACAAACAGAUUCACUUGUACUUAGAUGCAGCUCUUUUCUGCUUUUUGGUUGGAAUACUUAAUAAUGAAAAUGAAGAACCAAAUUGUCACUUUUCAACUGCCUCAGUUUUCAUUUGAGUAUUGUGAACUUGGCUAACUUUCUUUAACCUAUGUUUUAAAAGUUUUAUUUAACUGAUUUAACAAACGUUAAUUUUAUAAGUUAAAUAUAACUUUUUUCUCCAAAAACCUUAAAAUAAGACCCCUGGCCCCUUCAGAAUUGGGAGAAGGGCAAUAAUGGAGGCAGGACAUGGUGCAGGCGGAUGCCUGCAGCACAUCUUAUAAGGUGGCUUAGAGCUUCUCAGAAGAGAAGGGACAGUCCUGAGGCUUUGAAUAACCACAAAAUGCCUCAGUUGGUAGGGAAACUUAAUAUUUAAACUGAAAAACAGAGUUAAAGGAUCAAAUAAAGAUAGAAUGGACAUAAAACGAUUCAUUUGCAUGGGCUCGUUAUUUUUUUUAUUUUUAUUUUUUGAGACACGGUCUCCCGUUGUCCAGGCUGAAAUGGUUCCAUCAUGACUCACUGUAGUAUUGACUUUCCAAGCUCAGGCAAUCCUCCCACCUCAGCCUCCUGAAUAGCUGGGACUACAGGAGCGUGCCACCAUGCCUAGCUGAAUUUUGUGUUUUUUUGUAGGGCCAAGGUUUUGCCAUGUUGCCCAGACUGGUAACUACUGGGCUCAAGCAAUCCUCUUGCCUCAGCCUCCCAAAGUGCUGGGAUUACAGGUGUGAGCCACUGUGCCUGGCCUGGCCCAUUACUUUCAUGGUGCUCCCACACUUACUCAGAACUUUAGUACAUCUGUCCCUGGACUCACGGAAUCUGCCAUCAUUCCCCAUCAGUGACUUGCUGCAUUGCACUGCUGGUCCCUGAUCCAGAAUGAUCACCCAGGGCUUCUGAUUCAGGUUCUUACUGGCAGACAGAUUAUGGGGCAUCAGGUGGGAGAAAGACAAAGCAGCAGAGAAGCAGGUAAUGGGAAUGGAAGCUGUGUGAGUGCCAAGUUGCUUAACUGGGCAUUGAGAGUUAUCUAUUGCUUUUGUCUUAAACUAUAGUUAUUUUUGAAUUAUAAUUUGGCUGUAAAAAUUAUGGAUGGGCUGCAUGCUCAUGCCUAUAAUCCCAGCACUUUGGGAGGCAGGCAGAUGACUUGAGGUCAGAAGUUUGAGACCAAUCUGGCCAACAUGGUGAAACCUCAUCUCUACUAAAAAUAAAAAAAUUAGUUGGGUGUGGUAGCACACACCUGUAAUCCCAGCUACUUGGGAGGCUGAGACAGGAGAAUCUCUUGACCCUGGGAACGGGCAGUUGCAGUGAGAUCGUGACACUGCACUCCAGCCUGGGCAAUAGAGCAAGGCUCUGUCUCAAAAAAAAAAAAAAAAAAAAAAAAAAGUGGAUGAAUGUUUUAAAUGAGAUGUUCCUGAUUUUCCUGGUUUUCCAUGCUUGAAUUUCAAGUGGUGAUUUCUGAACAUACACAUUUUCAACCAGGCACUCCAUCAUGGGCGUAUUGUGAGGGAGGGGCCGACAGGUCCAUGCUAGGACUUGUUCUGCACUUCUCCACCCUUUCCACUGACAGGAAACUCAAGUAUAUGUCAUAACUUAUCCCUCAGGAACCCUGGAGCCUUACUUCUGACUCUUCUGAGGCCCAUUACAGGAAAGCCUAAUUAGGAACUGGAUUGAAUGUGGGUCGGGUGGGUUUCAGUUCUUAGUUACCUGUUCACAGAAGUGGGAAGGAAAAAUCUGUCUACCUUGUUUUCUUUGCUGGAACAACCAUCCAUCCAAGGGGAAACCUUUUAAAUCUUCCCCAGAAAAAGAUUUUAUUUAUGAUGGAGAAUACUGAUAUUUGUCAGCAAUUUAUGUUUGCAUAAAAGUAAACUUAAUGAUUAAAAUGGUCGUCUUCUCCCUAACCCAGUCAUCCGCAAUUUUUCCGAAGUUUCAGUUCCUUGGUGCAGAUUGCCCAACAUUUGCAUCUUUGUUCUUAGCCUUCCCUAACAGCAUAUUUUAAAUUAAACUGAUGUAAAACUAACUUUGCCUUUAAUUUCUGACAAUUCUUCAAAUUUUGAGGUAGUCAGUACAAAACUUGGGCUCUGACAAAACCAAGAUUGGAAAUCCCUGCUGUGGCUUUGUCAUCCUUGUUGUUUCUCUUCAAAUAUUCUUCUCCCUCACAGACGACCUUUCGCCCCUCCUUGAGGUUUUCUGGUUUCAUUUUUUCUCACUCUCUUUUUCUUUUCUUCUUCUUCUUUUUUUUUUUGAGGUGGAGUUUCAUUCUUGUUACCCUGGUUAGAUUGCAAUGGUGCAAUCUUGGCUCACCGCAACCUCCGCCUCCUGGGUUCAAGUGAUUCUCCUGCCUCAACCUCUUGAGUAGCUGGGAUUAUAGGCAUGUGCCACCAUGCCUGACUAAUUUUUUUUUUUUUAGUAGAUAUGGGGUUUCUCCAUGUUGGCCAGGCUGGUCUUGAACUCCUGAUCUUGUGAUGCACUCACCUUGGUAUCCCAAAGUACUGGGAUUACAAGCAUCAGCCACUGCACCCAGCCUCUCUGCUUUCUCAUUUCUAGUACUUCAUAACCAGUAAGCUCAGUGGUUGUUGUGGAUUAUUCCCUUGAGGUGACACAAAACUGUUUAUUACCAACAUGUGGUGAUUUUUUUUCCCAUUAAGAUUGCCUACAAAAUAAAGUAUGAAAUAUGCCAGACAUCCUGACAGUUAAAGGUUAGCUCAGUUGAUAGUCACUGUCUGUUGCAUGUCUGACUGGAAAAUUGGAAGGUCAACGUUUGCUGCUUGGUAUAAAUCCAGUUUAAAAGUUGAUGACCUCAGGUAAUGGCAGGGUUCCUUAGUGGUUGCUUGGGUUGCAAGCCUAGACCUGAAGGUUUCCUCUAAACUUUCUCCACUCUCAUUCCUGUAGCAGCUAAUGCAGCCAGCCAAGCCUGUGCCCCACCCCUGACUUCCCAUGUGGAGCUGGGUGUGCCAGGUAAAUGUCACAAGGCCAUGCCCGGGGAUGGCCAGCAUCACAUGACCUUCCCUGACCCACCCUUUGGCUCUGUCCCAGCCCUUCUCUAGAAAGUCGUCUCCCGCUUCAGGUCACCAGCUGCUCUAGGGGCAGAGGCUACCCCAUUUCAUGGAUGCUAAUAACAAACAACAGCUAUCUCAGAAGGGAACAUGGGAACUGCAUGAUUUGGCUUUUCUGAUGUUGGGGAGAUCAGUGAAGGAUGUUGUGAUGAUUCAGUCACUGACAUUUUUCACAGAACAUUACCCCAAAGUACACAGAAAUGAUUAAAAAACUGUAGAAGUCUUUGACUAGUAGGUCCCUGCAGAGGCGCUGAUAUCUGAAGAAAUGAAGAGCAGUUCAUGAAUGUUAUCUCAACGUUGUUCGUUGGGCUGCCCUCACCUCCCCUGCUCCCUGAGAAUACCAGAUGGCUUUACGAUGGAGGUGGUUAAAACACAGAAGGCUUUUUUUCUUUUUAUUAGUGGCUCAGCUAUCCCUACAUUGGCCCCCACACCUGCCACCUGACCAGUGCGGCCUCACCCUUCCUCAGCACUGUCAGCCGGGGGUUUUCUUAGACUCAUCCUCGGGGCCACCUUCCACUCCUCUCUCUCCUGCGUUGACACCCGGGCCACCCUCAUUACUCCUUGGCAGCCUAGCUUGCAUUGGCCUCCCUGGCCAGCCUUCCAGACUGUUCUUUCUCUCCCUUGCAGCCUGUCUUGCACACUGUAGCCAGGUCAUUCUUUCUGAGAAUACCAUUUCCUCACCUCAUGGCCCUGUUUACAAAGCUGUUUCCCAUUUGCCUAUCACGUCAGAUCAUAUCAGAACUCUUUGGCUCUGGAUUAAAGCUGAUACCACUCCUGGCAAGCCUCAUUGCCCUCUGAUCCCAGCGUUGGCCUCUGUCACUGUCAGGCUUCGUAUGAUGCCACUCUCUGCCGUCCUGCCGUUUCCAGCUCUGCCUGCGCAUUGCUCCUGCAUUUCUUUCUGCCUCAUAGGCUCUUAUUCCAGGGCUGUAGCCAAUCCAAAGCAUUCAUGGCCCAGUUACUCCCUUUUACUUGGAAAUAUUCCCCGGAGAAGCCCCCAGGUGUUUUUCCUUACUCACUGGAGUACUUGUAGUCAGGGCCAUACUGAUGUUAUUUGGGAAUUAUUUGCAAAGUCACAGAUCUGGACUUCUCCCUCCAGCUAAAUCAUGAGUUCCUCAGGGCGGCCCACAGUUCCUGAAGGAGCUGGUAAGCACUUUGAGUCACGCAGGAAGCCUUUUUCACUUCUCAGCUCUGCCAGGAACUUGUUCCAUGUAUACGAAACCACAAACUGUGAGACAAUUGCUGCCUGUAUCCUGUUCCCCCUCACCUAUUUUUUUUAAAGAUGGUAAAGCUGUUUAUAAGAGUUGAAGUAACAUGGCCCUAGAAAUACCCUCUGACUCUGAGCCCCCUGUCCUGCCCAGAGCACCAGGCCAUGAAGACAAACCAUGUUACUACCUUCACGUUUGCUUGUAACUUAGGGGGCUUACCAGUGAAAUCAAUGGUAAAAGUAGAUGUACUUCUCUUUGGAUAAAUUUAUUCUGUUUCUUUCUCCCAUUUUCUUUAUUUGUUGGAUAGAAUGUGCUGAUUGAGAAGCCAAAUAUUACUAGCCAUUUUCCCCAGCUGGCAUGGUUCUUUUGCACAGCACUGGAUUAGGCCAGUGGACUGGCCUAACCCUGCAAAUAGCAGGAAACGACUCUUCUAGGGAAGGUCUUACUAACCUGACUUUAUCACUGAAAAUGCCGCUUUGCCACUUAAAAUGCUGAGUAGUCAUCAUGUAGAGAAACCUCUAUUGUCAUGCAACCAUUUGCACACAGACAUGGUAGCUGGUUGGCAUUUAACGUUUUGUCAUUCGAUUCUCACACCAGCCCUGCCACUUGAUGAAACCAAGGCUCCUAGGGGCUAAGUGACAUUCCCCUAGUCAUGCAGCCUAGUGGUAGAGCGGGAUUCAAACCUAGCUUUUGUUUUCCUUUGAGCUGAAAUUAUGAGAUAAAUAAACAAACAAACAAACCUAGGUUUGUUUGACUCCAAAUCCUGAGCUGUCUAUUGUGGGCCAUUGUAGCCUCUUUUCCUCUAGUAUUUGUGGGUGGUUUUCAAGACUUAAGACCGAUCCUCUAAUAAGUCAGUGAAAUUGCACAUGAGAACAGCAUGCAUGUCUCACUCUCUGAGGCGAGCUGGCACAAGCUCCAGGUUCUGUGAUGAUGCCUCCCUCCUGGAUUGGGAGCAACUGCCUAAAGGAGGCAGUGAAGGAUCAUCCACACCCUUCAGGUGCUAGCCUAUGUCAAUGGGGUCUUACACACCUCUUCUUUGCUCUUUUGUUGAGUCUUACUCAGUUAGUAAAGUCACUCACAAAUUAUAUUCAGUAAGAUAGACACCAUGUUAUGUGCUUAGAGAGAAUUAAGCCAGUAAUUCGGCCUGCUAGGAACUGGCCAUCUUGCUGAACAGAUGAAACAGAUGCAUGGAACAGUAACAGGGCCAGCUGGAGUGGUGUGGACAGGAAGGGCUGCAGGAGCUCAGGUGACGGGGAGACCUCAACCUUGGGGCAGUUUGAACUGGGCCUUACAAGAUGGGUAGGGUUUAUAAGGCAGAGAGAAAGAAUAUUCCUGAACAACCGUGUAUGAAGACAUUGAAGGGCAAUGAGAAAGCCUGUUUGCUGGCACAUAGGGUGUGUAGAAAAAAGUGACUUGAGAGAUGGCUGUCCAGAGGUGAUGCCAAAUCACGGAUGGAGUUACGUCUUGUGUCAGAUUUUUAUCUGAGGGAAACCACUGCCUGUGUGAGAGGUCUGAUGAGAACGGUGUUCCAGGAGGAUGGUUAACUUGUCAGCACUCUAUGAGUUGGGGCAGAGGAGAGAGUCUAAGGCAAGGGAGACCUGGGAGGCUGUGACUGGGGCCAGAUGCAGGGUGUGCCUGACCCCCCAGUGGUGGCUGAGGGCAGACAGUACAAAGAAAGCAUCUUUGUUUUUUAGCUGGAUAUUCUGAAGGAUGUGGUAAAUGAGGAGGGAGAAGUCAAAGAUGACCCUGAGGUUCUGGGCCUAAGUCUCUGAGGAUGCUGGUACCAUUGUCUGCUGUAGCAAAACAAAGAUGGGGACUUCCCCUGGGUUAAAAGCAUUUAUCAUUUUUCUUUAAGUGUAUGGUGGCUUCUUCUGAUAGAAAAGAAAUUACUUCCAGAUUAAUAAGACAAUGUUUUCCUUUAAGAAGUGUUCUGAGGCGGGGCCUAGUGGCUCACACCUGUAAUCCCAGCACUUUGGGAGGCCAAGGUGGGCAGAUCACUUGAGCUCAGGAGUUCAAGAUCAGCCUGGGCAAUAUGGCGAAAUCUUCUCUACAAAAAAAUACAAAAAUUAACCAGGUGUGAUGUCUUGCACCUGUAGUCCCAGCUACCAUGGAGGCUGAGGUAGGAGGAUUGCUUGAGCCCUGGUGGCAGAGGUUGCAGUGAGCCAAGAUAAUGCCACUGCACUCCAGCCUGGAUGACGUGGUGAGAUUCCUCUGUCCCAAAGACAAAAAAAAAUGUUCUGAGAACGACCUCCCCAUCAGUCAUGAACUUAAAUUAGUAGAGUCUAUCACAUGGUGAUCCUAGAAAACUGCUCUCCUGAGUUCUAGAUCACACAGUCCAGUGUGGGAGAACUACUGAAUUGACUCCGUGUAGUAGGAGUUGUUACGACCCAUAUCAUGCUAAAAAUACAUUUAUGGUGAAAUUUUCAUUGAAAUAUUUAAUAUUUAUUGGCCCUUGGUCCAGAUGGCCGAAACUUUUAUUAUUUUCUUCAGCAAGUAAUAUUGUGGGGUAAAAAAAAUUAAACCACCAUUUUUUGGUAGGGGGAACACUACUCUCUUGGGUUAUACUUGAAUUUCCAAACAGGAUGGCUCAUAUUUUUAUAGGCCUACUGGCUGGAAGUGGUACAAACAGAUCUUCAUGAGUUAUAAAUACCAUUGACAUGUGGCUUAAAUGUAAAUAACAGUUUGGUGCCUGAAAAUUUCAGAGAUGAGGUGUAUGAGUCAUGUGCUGUUUUUUGUUUUUCUUUUCCUGACCCUUUCUGUAAAUUUAAUUUUAUGAUAUUCCACAUCUGUUAAACCUGGGGGGAGGAAGACACAGCUUGCUUCUGUCCCUGGUCACUGUGCUUAUGUGGUGUGUGUUUGUGC